ACACCGCCACACGUGUGUUGCCUCCUAUAUCCUAAAUCCUAUCCACCCCCUAAUUCAUUUCACCCGAAGAAAUGACCGAUAACGAGGAAGGAGGAGAGGGCGAGUCCGGACUCAGGUCGGACUGGGCCGAGAUGACUCACGAGUGCCUGACCAACAUCCUCUCUCGACUCACUCUGGAGGACCGUUGGAAAGGACCUAUGCUCGUGUGCAAGUCCUGGAUGCGAGCCUUCAGGGACCGCUCUCUGCACUUUUCGUUCGAUCUCGACCCUCAAUUCGGAUCCGCUUUCGAGUCCGCUCGCUGGUGGUCUCCCGAUUUCGAGCGGAAGAUCGAUUCCAUGCUCCGAUCGGUUAUCAAUUGGAGCGAUGGUUCCCUAACUGAAAUCCGUACCCGUCACUGCUCGGAUCGAUCCCUCUCCUUCGUUGCUGAACGAUGCCCAAACCUUCAGAUUCUUUCAAUCAAGAGCUGCCCAAAUGUUACUGAUGCAUCCAUAACUCAGAUAGCUUUUGGGUGCCCCAACCUCAUGGAGGUGGACAUCAGUUACUGCUAUGAAAUAUCCCAUGAGUCUCUGGCGACGAUUGGAAAGAAUUGCCCUAGUCUUGAGGUUUUGAAGCGAAACUUUAUGAAUUGGUUAGAUCCUUCCCAGCAUGUAGGAAUUGUCCCAGGCGAGUACCUUAAUGCUUGCCCUCAAGAUGGGGAUACGGAGGCAUCUGCAAUUGGAAAGUUUAUGCCUAACCUCAAGCACCUUGAACUUCGGUUCUCCAAGUUAUCAGCUAAAGGCCUUGCUCUUAUUUGUGAAGGUUGUCCAAAUCUUGAGUACUUGGACUUGGCUGGGUGUGCAAACUUGACGAGCCGUGAUAUUGUGAACUCUUCAUCCAACUUAAAGAAUUUGAAAGAGAUCAAAAAGCCUAAUUUCUAUAUUCCCAGGUCUGUCUUUCACACUGAGAGAUAUGGCCAUUGGAGGUUGUAUGAUGAGCGUUUCCAAACGGACGUCUUCAGAAUUUGAUCAGGUGACUUGUAGUCUGAUGAUUUCCAUUGUUAAUAUAUAGUGUUAUCCUUGUUUAUUGAACUCUGGAUAUUGUGGUCUGGAGUGAAUACAUUUCUUUUAAUCUCCCCUUGUGUACAAGUAUGUUAAAUGCUACUGGUUGUUCUGUUUCCAGUAACCUUUGCCUGAUAUUCUUCUGUUGUUUUUCAUGUUUAAUGUAUGGUGGGUUCCUUUUAUUUAA